AUGAUUUUCCAUGCUUCCAAGUUUUUCUGCUAUCCUCCAAUCGAUAACAGUGCAUUUGUGGCAUAUUGCCUUCUACUUUACUUAGGGAUUCCAAGCACUAUUAUCCUUUACUGCUACCUAAGAGUCUUUCAAACAGUUCGCAGUCACAGUAACAACUUCCACCGUCCUGGGAAUCCAGUCAUCAUGGCAAACGUAGAAGAGAUUAAAGUGGCUCGCACACUGUUUGUGACAGUGAUGAUUUUCAGUCUGUGUUGGAUCCCUAUUAUUUUAAUCGACAUUGUGGACACGAUUCAAGGCAGAUGGUCCUUCCCUCGCGAGGCUUACCUAACAUAUACUUAUCUAGCUCUUAUAAGCAGCGCUAUUAAUCCUUUGAUAUACGGCGUGCUUAACAAGAACUUUCGUAAAGAGUAUCAUAAGUUAUUUUACCGCAGAUGCUGCCGCUCUCACCGACAGGCAGUUGUACAACCUUUGACAGUAAGAGCAACUACGCCUCAUGAACAUGUAAAUAGGAAUUAGUAUUAUUACCCAAAUACAACAAGAUCUAAUGAAAAAAUUAUAGUAUAAAACUGAGGUAGAAAGAGAUAACCCGAUAUAUUUUGCCAGUCAGAUCGAUCAGCUGAACACGGAAACCCAAAACUCAGGUAUAGAGGAGAGAGUCGAGAGACUUGCAAAGAUGUGGCUUUAUCAACUUAGUUGUAAUAAGGUGGAUUGGCCUCCGUCAGGGGACUGAGAAGUAGACGUGUCGCGCACUGAUUAGCCCUCCGUUGUCAGAGCAAAUCAGAAGAUUGACGUGAAUGGUGCAUUUGUAUGGUCUUACAUGUUUGUAAAAGGUAUCCAGUACGCUAUCGAAGCGAGGGUCCAUAUCAAAUAUACCUUCCGUGAUUUUCGCCCUUGCAUCGCUGCCACCUUUUUCCAUAGGGUCUGUCGAGUUUCUAUUCACAGUUUAGCAUCGUUAAAGAAAAAAAUUAAUAAAAAAUUUAACUGAACUUAAUAAGAACCGUUACAAAUUUCGUUACACUCAGACUUAAGCGUGCAAAUAAUAUAGGCCUAGGCCAAACCUCAAACUUUUCAUGAGACGAACCAAACUUAGUGAGUUAAGUUCGUGAAAAGUUCGACGUCUGGCUCAGUCAAGUUCGUCUAAAUGAGUUUGGAUCUUCCAACACGGUCUAUUUGUCUGCUUCAGACGGAUAGAACGACGGUCUGAAGAUCGUCUCCGCGACAAACGUCGAACUUCACAUACGACGAACUAAACUAUAGGGUGGAACCUCUCGGUCGGAUACCUGUCUAUUACGGACAGUUUCCAAUGUCCCGACAAAAUUCUCAUAUAUUUUCAUUAAAAAAACCUCAGUCUAUAAUAGGGACAACGGACACUAAAUAUUGGCCCCAAGGAGGAAAUUCGUAUAAACUUAACCUCUUUAUUACGGACACUGCGGUGAUCAGGUGAUCCCGAUUCCCGAUCAGGUGAAUCUGCAUAGGGUGAAUCCCGUCUAGUCUGGCUGGUGAGCUAUGCAAGGUGAUAUAAAGCCCAGUCGCUGUAUACCAAACAACGAUUUGCGAAAGGUGCACAGAGGAACAUAACCGACUUUUUGAAGGUCUCAAUAACUACAGAUAGCAUAAAGAUCUUUUCUAUUACAUUUUGUACUCUAGGUACUGUUUACUGCACUUGCAAAAUAGCGAAAGACACUUUCAGAAUUGUGCUUUACGUUACAACUUUUUACAUGGAGCAUUGCGCUGUAGCUCGUUUUGUUUUGUCUGUAGCUGAGAUGUACAAUGUUGUAUGCUACUGAAAGACAGUGUCUUUGUACUGUGAAUUAAUAACUUUAAAUGCAGUGUAAAGACGAGUGUGAGCCUGGUUUUAGCUACGGAACGCUUAAAAUUGUAAGUGGAGUCAUAAAAGUAACGUCAUCAUGGUGACCUCUUUUAUACGGACACCACUCAGUCUCUAAUACGCACACUUCGCUCUGUCCCUUCGGUGUCCGUAUUACUGAGAGAGGUUCGACUGUAAUAAAGUACUAGGAAUACGUUAUUGCAAAAACCUCGCGAAGCUAAAAUGGGGGUAAGCAGUGAGAAUAAAGUAAAGCGAGCCAAACAGAAAGAAAUAUGAUUUUUUUUACAGAAAUAAAACUAAAUAGAAGAAAAUGUUCAAAGAAGAAGAAGAGGUUAUCAACGCAGAGAUUCGAACUUACACUAUCACUACCUCCUGCCCGAGAAUACAGCUCCCAGAGACCACUUGCCCACUCUGGCACUAAAAACUAAUACGGUAAAAUUAUUACAGUUCAAGCAUUUUUCUCUGCCAUACGUACUGUUUGAAGCUUGUGGAGCUGUAUUUAUAAUGAAUGCAAAGAUACAUUUGACGAAAAUUAGCUUAAACGAGUAUUUCAAAGUCAUUUUGCAUUAUUUCGGUGUCAAUUCACUCGUGGGUUUAACGGCCGAUCGAUGUACGGAGCUGAGCUGAAACGGGUUAGUCUUUGAUUUGAUCCAUCGGUCACAUCGAAAGGCGGGGAAAGAUCCAAUUCAUUGUGGGUUUGACUCGGCGUAACAUGAAUUCAAAGGUACAGACUUCAGGGAAAAGCAAGGUAAAAAUUAGAACUGACACGCACUUCCGAAAAGCAAACAUAUCCCGCGACCUGUCAAGCCGUCAUCUUAAAAUCCGGCUGCGAAGUGAGAAGCACUGACAAACGACGUGUCCUAAAUUCGACAUCUGACCCAACAGACAAUCUUAACCUAAUUUAGGUCGACCGAAAUUAGAGUUUGGCUUGUCUCACUUUUUGAAGUGAAGGAAGUAACACACCUACCUCAAUUUUUUCCGACACUCUGGACACUCGUGUCCAUGGUAGUGUUGGAUAAAAAAUUCGCGUGACUCUGGAGACAAGAGUGACGUGCCGCGCUCAAACUUUUUUUCAGUUUCACCGCUUUACUUCUGUUGAUUACCGCACUCGUUGCAAUGGGAUCUCAUUAAACUUCGCUAGAUUUGUGUUGCCAUCGUAUCAACUCAGUGAAACCCCAGUUACACCAGCUUUGAAAACGGUGGGUAUGACUUCUUGUUUUAUGCAGCAGAGAACUAACUAGUGGUUGCAAAAAAGCUCCUUAACGCAAGUUUCUCGAUAAAAUUUUUCAAAUCCAUCUUUCACUUGCGCAGAUGUCCACUUUCAACAAAUCACGUCGUGAAAGAUAUACCAAUUAGACCGGGACAGAAAUUAUUCAUUGAGCUAAGUUUGCUGAGUAGAUACAGUUGACCGAUUCCCCUUCAAGACAUUCAAAUCGAUCGGCAUAACUCCAACGCACCAAAGUUUUCUCUUUCUCACUUUUUCUGACUCAAAAAGUGAAGUUGAACUUAAUAGUUUGGUACUGGUGCUGUAAUAAAUUCAUGAAAUGGCUAAAUUUAAAUUUCGAUUACCCAAUCUACAAUUGAAGGAUUAGUGUGAAAAUAAAUGAAUGCAAAGAGAAGGUUUUGAAACCAAAAAGUAACCUUGCGUUUUCGACUGACUUCGUUCAUUUAAACUUGAUAACACAUCCCUGCUUGUUUUUGAAACUUCACUUGAACUUCCCCUUAAUACUAACAUCUGAUCCAAGGAGAAGGUGUUCUCAUUAAACUGAAAAGUGUUGCAGUGCAGUAGAGGUAGCAAUUGCAAAAAGUUUGACCAAGACCACUGUCUCUAACUGAGAAGCUUCCGCUUUUUGGAAGUGUCGCUAAAUUGAAGAGAGAUUCAACUGUAUACACUGGCCAUAUUGUUUCCCUUUACAAAGCAAACAGGGCCCUAUAUAUUGCACGUCAGCUUCUCAAUUCAAAGCAAACGGUUCGGCGAAAAUUCCACAGUAAAACCACACAUCACUUUAAUUUUUAUUAAACAAUAUUUUCUUUAUCGUAUCUACUGGCGUGAGUUUUUAAUGUCCAUGGAUUAACUUCAAAAUGAGACACUAGCUCAGGCUUGUAUUUUUGCAUACGAUUGUUUGUCUAGUUUCGAUUUGUUUUCAUUUAAUUAAAUUUCAUCCCUUCAGAUCUAAAAUUCAGCUUCUGAGAACUUUCAGCUACUCCUUUUAAUAUUUUAACCACAGGUUUAUGGUCCUCUUUAUAUUUUGUAUUAUUAAAUUAUAAGCCGAUUUCCUGCCUUUAGCAAAACUGCUAAACAGAUAAAUUGUAUAAAUAAUUGUGAAACAGGUGUCUUUUAACACGAGCCGCAAUGAGAAGAUAUAGGUACAUAUAACACAGUUUUCAUUAAGCAAGCUUGACGUUUCUAAUAUGGACGUUCGCCAAUUUGUUUGCCGGAGUCAAAAUCGUGGUCUGUUUGGUGAAAUAAAUAAUUGGAACACGGGUUUCACAAGUGGAUCGGGUUUGUGUACAGCUCAUGAAUCACCUUAGACCUUUUGCUGACUUCUUUGAGUUAUACGGUCAUAUUUAUUUUUACACAUAAGUUAUUACAUGUAUCGGUCCCAUUAUAUAUACCCACUAAUUUUUAUUUCCUCUGACAAAUUUAAAGACUGCAGCAGCACUCACACUUGCCGAUAAAAACCGAGUUAAAUUAAUAUCGAAAAUUAAACUGUCUUUAAAUAUUUUUUACCGUUUCCGGCCGAAUAAACUGUUCAGUAAGCGAAUAAUAGCAGCUUCCUUAAAUCUAAUUCCGGGAAGUUAGGCUGUUUACGUUUGUGCGAAUUAGCCACGGCGAUAGGCGGAUGUCAAAUAUCAGGAAUAUAGAUGCGGUUCAUUGAGACGGUAGAAAGUGUAUAAGUUCACUCUGUUUAUUCGCAAUGUUCUAGAAUGUUAUACAUAAUAUUGUAUACAUAUGAUCUGGCCUUCUCCCUUUCCUUUCCUUUCUCCCGGGAUUUCCUUCUGCCACUGAUUAUGGUGUUACCAAGGCCAGCUAUCAUUCUAAGUGAUUCCGAGACAGGAGGAGAAACGGUCAAAUAAUGCGUGGUGAACAUAUACAGAAAAGUAACAAUCUGAUAAAUACUGCUUGAGAAACAAGUCACUUCGUAUCUAUGUCACGCAGUUUUUAAUAAUCCAUUUAUCAUAUUUUAACUCCAUAGUUGGAACUGAUUGACUCUGCACGAAAUGAAUUCCACAAAGAAACAACUGGCAGAAAUGUUAACCGAGUUACAGUCCAGAAGCAGAGCUCAAGUCAUCCUGGAAUCGGUUUUUUUGAUUUUGAUUUUGUCGUUUUUGUUAGCCGGAAACUUCAUGACUCUCCUAGUAAUGCUGCUCAACCAUCGGCGACGAACAAUUACUAAUAUGUUAGUGGCAUCACUCGCUGUUACAGACUUAUGUUUGGGAGUUUUCGCGUCAUCCCCAUUAGGGCCUGUUGUCCUGGUGACCUCCAAGUGGCCUUUCAAUGAUUGGAUCUGCCAAUUUGAGGGAUACACUUGUAUCACGUUGGCAGCUGCCUCGAUUCACACAUUGGUCUUGAUGGCGGUUAACAGAUUUUUUAUAAUUGUCAAACCAUCUAAAUAUCGCCGUUACUUCACCAAGAAGAAAACCAUCAUCAUGAUUCUUAUGUCGUGGCUGUAUUCAAUGUGUGCUCCUCUACCAUAUUUCCUCAGCGGUAAAAAGAUGGUUUUUCAUCCAUCCAAGUUCUUCUGUUAUCUUAGAAUCGAUAGUGGUGCAUUCGGUGCAGCCUUUCUGGUUGCAGUUUAUGUAGGGAUUCCAUCUUGUAUUAUCUUUUAUUGUUACCUUAGAAUCUUCAAGACAAUUCGUAGUCACAAUGACAACUUACAUCUCCCUGACAACGGAAUUAACAGCGUGAACGUGGAAGAAAUUAAAGUGGCACGCACACUAUUUAUGAUAGUGGUGUGUUUUAACCUUUGCUGGGCUCCAGUUUUGUUAAUUGACAUCGUGGACACGAUUCAUGGGAGAUAUACUUUCCCUCGCGAGGCGUACGUAGCGUACACUUUUUUGGCCAAUAUCAGCAGUGCGUUGAAUCCCUUGAUAUACGGUGUGCUUAACAAGAACUUCCGUAACGAUUAUAUCAAGGUGUUAAGCUGCAGAUGCUGCUGUGCUCAAGCUGCUGUAGAACCAAAGGGGCUGUUAGGAAGUGCAAAUGUUUUGGAGAUAAAGCCAUUGCGCGUGCCUAACGUAGGGAUGGAGACGAAUUAAUAAUUUCUGUUGCAAGUAGAUGAAAUAUGUAGUCCGGGUGAGUGGAGUCCUGAAUAGGACUGUUGUUGACAUUGACUAACCUUUCGAUAAACCUGUGCGGUAGUCAUCUUCAGAGUCAAAUGAAUUGUAUCACGCCAGUCGAUGGUAUAAAACUCUGGUUAUUGACCUGGUUGGUCAACUAAGUCGAGGUCAUUGGUUGUCUGUCAGUUAAGCCGUGAUGUUAUUAGCUAUGAAGACUCUGAAUGGGAUUGGUGCGUUUUUUUCAGCGGCGGCGUUUGUUCUAAGUUUGUAAACCAGGUUUCUAAUUCUACAACGACUAUAGACGACGCCGAAUUGAAGUCCAAGGAGUACAAAGUGAAUGAAGUAAAGGAGACGGAGAAUAAAUGGAAGCGGAAAAGAAUGCAUGGGCAGUAUGUGAGAGAAAAGGAAGGUAUUGACAGGGAUAGAACUUGGUCAGUGGAUUGCAAAAGGAGAUUUGAAAGGAUGUACUGAGGCCUUGAUAUGUAGCUCCCAGGAACAAGCUUAAAGAGCAAAUUAUACGAGAUUUCAUAUUGAUCACACAGCAGAAGAAGUAAGGGAGAAACGGUGGCCCAUGUGAUGAGUGAGUGCGGUUAGCUGGCGCAGAUAGAAUAUAAAGGAAGGUAUGAUAACGUGGCACGGUAUAUCCACUGCCAACUUUGUGGUAAAUGUGGAUUGGAAAGAGCUAAUAGCUGGUAUGAACAGAAGCCGGAGGGAGUGGUGGAAAGUGAAAACUUCAAGAUACUGUGGGAUUUCACAGUCCAGUGUGAGCGGAAAAUUGAGGCAAGAAAACCAGACAUUGUCUUUAUUGAUAAGAAGGAGAAAGAGGUUGUCAUAAUUGAUGUCGCCAUCCGAGUUGAUUACAGGGUGAAAGAUAAGGAACUUGAGAAGUUAGAGAAAUACCAACUAUUGAAAGAUGAAAUUGCAAAAGUC